GACAAAGAAGCAGCUCGUUCCACCUCACGCGCCUCACGUGGUACGUGGAACGAGCCGCCGUUCGCGAAGCGCGUUCGACUCCAGCGUCUCGCCCAACCUCACUGACCGCCAACCCGAGGGGCCUUCUCGCGGCCAUGUCGACGGCCAGCGACACGUCUUCGAAACGCCGCUCUUCGUCGGACUCGCAGAAGACCGAGCCGGCCGCUGCGGGAAGCGUAACCGCUGCGGAAGGCGUAACCGCUGCGGAAGGCGUAACCGCCGCAGAAGUCGCAGUCCCUGCCAGCGCACCGCCGACCACUGAGAGCAAGCCCGCCGGCGGCGGGAAGAAGCGCAAGCAGCGGAGUACCACCCCACGACGGUCAAAGCGCACCAAGUCCAAGAAGCGACCGCGGGAUGGCACCGGCGCUGACGCCGCCGGGUCCGCGCAGUCCCAGGUGGCGCAGGGGAAAGCUGGUGAUCUCGCUUUGCAAUCUUUAGCGCUCACUCCACUGUCGGUGUCAAGUGCCAGCGACAACCCUUCCGCGCAGCCAGGGACCAGCGGCAGCAGUUCCGUCCAGAAGGAGCUCUCCAAAAGGGGCGACCAGCCACCGGCUUCAGACGCGCCUUCGAGAGCUGAAGCGGGACAGUCCGAGGCGUCGACUCCCGCUGCUCGGCUUCCCGACGAGCGGCCCGAGUCGACGCCGGUUCCGGCCUCGUCGCCGGCUGCCCUCAAGGUCAUGCUUCUCUACCCGGCCUCCUCGCUGGCCACUCAGGGCGACGCCGCCGGCUGCAGGGACGCCGACGCGGGGACUGCGCGCCGCAGCGCCGAUGCUGCGUCCUUUUCCGAAAUCGGGAGGAGCGAAUCGGCGCCCCUGAGCCGCCGGCGGGAGCCGUCCCUGCCGAACCUGAAGGCGGUGCCCGGCAAGUCCGCCCUGGCUGGACGUGGCAUGGGCCGCACGGCGUCGCUCUCCUCCGCGACGGACAGGCACGCCCGCUUCCGCGAUGCCCCCAUCGUCGAAAUGGUGCUGCUGAGUCUGACGCAGCUUUCGUCCGGCAAGAAGAGCGCGGCGCUGACACUGACGGCGGCGGCCGCCGCGUCGGCAACCAUGGUGCUGGCCGCCAUCAUAAUUUACGCGCUCUUAGCGCACUCGGACGCCGAGGAAGACGCACCCGAGUCCGCGGGGUGCACUAGCGCCGAUUGCCGACACCACGCGGCGCUAAUCACUAAUCGCAUUAACCUGAGCCUGGACCCGUGCCACGACUUCGCCGCGUUUGCCUGCUCGGCCUGGUCGCCGCCGGCGACGUGGCAGCACCGACAGUUCCCUUCGGCGCGCGACGACGUCGUGCUCGCCUGGGCGCGCGACUUCGAGAACACUCUGGUCACGGGCUCCAGAUACCUCCCAACAGGCGAGAUGGCUAAGCUGAUGUUCCGCGCCUGCGCGUACGACACGAUGUCCCAGCACGACAAAUCUGCUCUGCUGGAGCUGAGGCGAUUCAUGACCCAGCGGGGCAUUCCGUGGCCCUCGAAGCUGUCCUCUCCGGCAGUCAGGCCUUUGGGCGUACUCAUCGACCUGGCGUUCAAGUGGCAGGUGCCUCUAUGGUUUACCGUGCGUUUUGUCCGCAGAAGCGCGAAGCCGGGCAGCAGUCCGCCGGCUGUGAUCAUUGGGCCGAGCUCCUAUACACUCGUCUGGUUCAGUCUGCACAGAGAUAUCGUCAGGAGGGGCGCCUUUCAACAUCACUGGCGCCGGCUACACGAUGCCCUGUCCAACACCUCGAACGCCAGCGAAUUCAGCGUCCUACGCGCACAGAACACGGCCGAUGUCGAUUCGACGGUGCUGGGGGCGCUGGCCAACGCUCUGACCAAUGGCAGCGGGCCCAGCGACGAUGUGGAGCUGCGAUACGUGAGCCGAGAGUACACGCCGAGCAUCAGCCACACCGAGUGGCAGCAGCAGCUCCAGGAACAUGUGCUGCCCAACAUCGACGGCAACCACCUGCUGCGUGUUUCCAACAGCGCCAUCCUCCGGGCCACCGACGUGCUCUUCUCCCGGUUCACAGAAAGCACGCUGCUCGAGAACAUGGGCUGGUUCUUCGCACGGCUGUUCGCACCGCUCGCUGACCCGUCACUGCUCCGCGACCGGCACGGGCCGCCCCACGCAGGGGAAGAGGAGCUCUUCUGCGCAGCCCAGGUCGAGGCGGUGUUCCGGCUGCUCGUCAUCUCACUGUACACGGUCCCGCGAUUCUCGCCGACGCUGCGCGAAGACAUCAACCAGCUUCUUCACGCCAUCCGCGGAAUGGUAGCCGACAAAGUGAGCGCGCUGCCGUGGUUGGACGAGGAGUCUAAGCAACGCGCCGAAGAGAAGCUCCGCGAGAUGGGCACCGUGCUGUGGCCCCCCGAUAGCAUGAUGGAUAAUGCGGGACUCGCGGCCCUGUACUCAAAGUUCAGGCAGCCGAGCGGCCCGUCCUUGUCGGUCGUGGACUCCUGGGUCCACUACAGGGAGGCGAUAAACCAUCUGGAACAGGAGUAUCGCGAUGUGGUGCUGCAGCUGCCGGCUAACAUGGAGCUACCACUCGUCGAGUACGACUACCUACGCAACGAGGUGCGCGUGUCGGUGCAGGCGCUGUCGCGGCCUGUCUUCUACUUCGAGGGUACGCGUGGCAUGUUCUACGGUGGUCUGGGCUUCCUAUACGCCGCCGAGGUCGUCCGAGCGUUGGACGCCGACGGCGCGAGACGCGAUGCCAGCGGCGUGCUGGUCACCAACGGGUCCUGGCUGUCGCCCACGUGGACCGAAGCCGUCGUGGACCGCGAAGAUUGUCUACCAGAGUCCGGUGGCUACUUCCCAGAAAUCCCAGCCGUCGAGGUGGCCUACGCGUCCCUUGAGAAGGCACUGGUCGCCUCCGGCGAGCGGAUGCGCACGGCUCGCUCAGCCUUCUCCCAGCGCCGGCUCUUCUACGUGACCUUGUGCUACUUGAUGUGCGCGAAGCAGACGCUCCACCCUCAAAGACGUCCGUUUGCAGGCGACUGCAACAAGGCGGUGGCCAACUUCCCGCGUUUUGCCGAGGACUUUGGGUGCGGCGCGGACGCCAGGAUGAGGCGCGAGAGGCCCUGUGUGUUCUUUGGGUGAACAAGUCGGGGGGUCGCAUAUGUUUCCGCCCGACAUUACAGGCGUAGGAUACGAUACACCUCGGGUACACGUUGUGGGACGGCGGAUAUCCGUGUACGCCUCGUGUGUCGUACAGAACGCUAACGUCACGUUCAAAUUGCCCGAGCGUGACUUAAUGAACAACAGUUAUUUUCUUUGCGUUUGUUUGAGUUCGUUCUUAUCGUCACUUUUUUAGCUCUCGUCGUUAUAUCUUUCCUUGUAAUACUUGUAACUUUGGACACGUACCAUGUGCAACCCUGGCUUAUGCUUUGGUUUGAUUGGAGAUUUACUCUGUGUGUAAUCUUAACAUGCUUCGGAUUUUAAUUCUUUCCGGCUCACAGAGCAUCCAGUACUUCUCCACGCACCGUCACGAGUGCUCCACUGUGAAGAAACGACUGAACAGUAAUACAUGCGAGACCGCCUUGAAUAAUGUAUAACGAAGGAGUUUUCUUACGUUAUAGCUGGCACCAUGGAUUUGUACGCGCAAGUUGUGCAGCAUACAUUGAAUGGGCGUCAGCCGUCAGUGCAAAACAGCUCUUGACAUUGCUUUGAAAUUGAGGGCUUUUAAAUGCCACAUUGCGGCCUUCUCUUAUAUGGAGUUCUCGAUAGCGAAUGAGCACCUCAUUCAUCACAUGUUAAUUCUCACGCCGUGAGCAUCCAAGACUCGUUACCAUAGAAAUUGCAGUGGUCCUGGUAUGUAUAAUACCACAAGGACCUCUUCCAAAGCGUUACAUAGAACAAUGCGCUAUGGUGUUCAAUUCGUUUAAGCCUUAAACCG